UCUCAAAGUGGACAUUUUUAUGACUGUAUCGAUAUCUACAAACAACCAGCGUUUGAUAAUCCUCUUCUGAAAAAUCACAAACUUCAGAUGAGACCUAGCAGUUUUCCUGAAGGUAUGACCAUUAAUUCAAAUUUGCACAAGAACACCACUUGUCCACGUGGAACGUAUGCAGUUAUGAAAACUACAAUUGGUGAAUAUUACGGAGCAAGUGCAAAGCUUAUUGUUUAUGGUUUUCCAAAUAUCAAAGUUGAUCAAAGCACCAUAAGCCAAAUAUGGGUUCUUGGAGGUGCUGCUGGACCAUUAGAUGAAGUAAACGCUAUACAAGCAGGAUGGAACGUAUAUCCGAGUUUAUAUGGUGACUAUUUAACCCAUCUAUCUACAUUUUGGACGGCUGAUGGUUAUGACACAGGUUGCUACAAUCUCCAUUGUCAAGGAUUUAUGGUUGUAUCUCGCGACUUUAGUCCUGGAAUGGAAAUAACCCAGCUUUCUACCUAUGGUGGGAUUCAAAAAUCCAUUGACAUAAGUAUCUUCAAGGAUCCAGAAGAAGGAAAUUGGUGGUUAACCUAUGGGGAAGAAAGAUCACUAGUGGGAUAUUGGCCAAAGGAGCUUUUCAAUAAUUUAGAGAAACCUAAUAGGGUUGAUUAUGGUGGUGCAGCUUACUCUCCCUACAAUGAACCUAGUCCUCCCAUGGGAAGUGGUCAUAUGCCUUACGAAGGUCCAAAUAGGACAUGCUAUUUUCUGAAUAUUAAGUUAGUAAAUAAAAGAAAUCAGCUUUACAGUCCAAAAUCUAACAGAGUCAGACUGAGAUCUACUAAACCUGACUAUUAUGGUAUUGAUGGAAAUUAUGACUCAUGGUAUCCAGAUGGUUACAAAUUUCGUUAUGGUGGUCCUGGAGGAUACACUCGGAUGAAGGAUGUAUGA